AUGGAAAAUCUUUCUGAAGAUAUCAUCAUGUUGAUAAUGAAAAAGGUUGGGGUGGUUGAUAUACUGUUGAAUCUCCAGAAAGUGUGUCGCUCAUGGCGGAAUAUCUGCAAAGAUCCUGCAUUGUGGCGGUCCAUUGACAUGCAUAGCAAUUACUCUUAUCAUAUUAUAACCUGUUGCAGUACUACGAGAAUAAACCGGACAAGAUAUGUCAUGAACGAUAUGAUCAAGCACGCAAUUGACAGAAGUUGUGGUCAGUUGAUCGAUAUCAAACUGGAGAAACACUUUAAUGUAGAUAUCCUCAAAUACCUUACUUACAGGAAAAAUCAGUUGAAACGCCUUCAAAUUGUAUCGUGCAAGAAAGUGACGAACAAGGGAUUAAGUAAAGCUACUAAAAACAUGUCAUCCUUGGAAGAACUACACAUUUAUUUUGGAAACAUCACCAAUGCCGGGCUUAAAAAUAUCGGACGCAAUUGUCCUAGACUGAAAUCACUCACAUUUGAUCAUCAAGGGCGUUCUAUUCCAACUGCUAUAGCAAAAAGUAUGCCUGAGUUGCGUCACCUUAGCCUAUUUGGGAAUCAGAUAUCGAACAGAGAUCUUGAAGCUAUUCUUGAUGGUUGUCCUCAUCUAGAAUCACUUGAUCUUAGGGAGUGCUUUAAAUUAGACUUGUAUGGUAUGCCAUUGGGCUUAAGGUGUUCUUCCUCCAUUAAGACACUCCUCCUCCCUAAUGACUCUAUUGCUGAUUAUCAGUAUGGCUCAUCAAUUAAUCGACUAUACGACACUGAUGAUGAUGAUGAUGAUUACCGUUACGUACGAUGA